ACAGUCUUCUACUACUUAUCUGUAGUUACUGUUUUAGGUAUGGCAACAACUUUAAAUGAUGAAGCUUAUUGAUGUAAAAGAGCUAAUCAAUCAUAUUAAUUUAUGUAUCAGCAGAAGGAAUUUUCACGAAAAUGAAGACAGAUAAUUACAAUACCUCUGUAUAUAAAACUCAGUAUUGACUGGGAAACUAUGUAUCAAUAAAAUAAUUUCAAUGUAAGUACUAGCAGAAAAGAAGAUGUUGAAUUAAUUUCUUACUGCACUACUUGGAUAAAGGAAAAACAAUGGAAGCAGAUUCUGUACAAGAUAUAAUGAUUCCUUAGAACUUUCUUCUUAUCUCAAGAAAACAACUUAUCAUGGCAACUUGACUUACAAGAUUCACUUUGGAGUAAAGUAGGAGAAGAUAAAGCAGCAUUUAGACAACAUGAAUUUAACAUCAUUUAUAAACAAAUCCAAUCAUGAAAUGCAAAAAUUCAACACAAAUAAAACAAAGAAAUUAAGUAAUGCGGAUUCUUCAGAUUUAUCAAAACUGGCAUCAAAGUCAGUGGAUAUUAUUGUAGAUAUUCAUAGAGAAUAUAAAGAAGAGAGACAUAUUGAAAAUAUUGAGUCACAUAAAAAAGCUGCAGACAUAUCUUUGAAUAAUUUAAAAUUAUUUUCCAAAACGAAUAAAAGAAAUAGAAGAUCAAAUAUUAGUCCGUCUAAACGUGAAAGCUUUGAAGAAGAACAGGAUGAUAUAAAAAUUAUCGAUUCGUUAGAUAUAAUCGAAGAAUUUCAAGAGUCUUCAACUUAUAAAAAGGAUAAACAAAACGUCGAGGAAAAAUCUUAUAGCAGAAAGCAAUGGGCUACGAUAAAAAGUCCUGUGGAGGAGUUGAAGAAGCCGGCAAGAAAGCGUUGGUCGAAAGACAACAGUGUGAUCCGUUUACCGGAAGCGAGAAAUGUUCCCUGGAACAGAAGAAAGAGAUCAUUGCCAGCGAUACGACAACCAUCGACUCAAAAAUCAUUCUCCGUUUACGAUAAUAAAGCGUUUCUUUCAGAGAACGAGGAAAUUCUUAGAAUAGAAACCGAUCACAAUCGCGAAGACCCAAAGAUUGAAAUUAAAGAAGUUGAUCAGUUGGAAGAUGAGCUUCUUGUAGUUGACAAUCCAAGUUCUCAAGAUUCCUCUAGCGAUAAAAAUCCUUCAAAUGAAGUAGAAAAUUUAAACGACUCCAUGAACAAUGUAGCAGUAGAUAACAAGCGGUUCAAUAAUUUUAUUGGAAGAAAUAAGAAGAAACAUUCCAAUAAAAAUGAUGCCUCAGAUAAUUCAAAUAGUUCACAGAGCUCGGAAGAAGUUGAUGAUAAUUAUUCUUCAGAAGAAUUUAUAAAGGGAAAAAGUAAAAGGAACCGUAAACAGCAUUCGGUGUUUGAGUCUGAGGAUGACUUUAAGAAGGAUCGUUUAAGAUACGAUAAGGAUCGUCUAAGAAAUUCUAGCGAAUGUAUAAUAUCCUCCACUGAAAACGAGGAUCUUGAUGAGAAUCGUUCAACAGAAGCUUGUUAUGAGAAUAAAUUAAAAUCUAAUAGGAGAAGAAGGGAGCAUCACUCUAGAUCACAAAGCAGAAAGGAUAAGAAGAAAAGUGUUAGUAAAAAUGUUUCUUCUUCUUCGCAUACUCCGUCCAUUCGUGUCGAGGAGGACACAAAAAAGAAAAAGAAGAAGAAAAAGACUGAUACAAAGUAUAUAUCUGUAACGAUCCAUAGAGCGGAUAUGUUAGAGGUUGAUUAUAUAACAAAACAUCCUAUGGUAAAGGUUCACAUUGUAAAUGCUGAGAAUGGGAAAUAUUUGAAAUGCGAACAUGGUACUGCUACAUAUUUACAGCCUAUGAUAACUGGUAAAUUUGAUUUUAAAGAGAAUAAAUCUAUGAUACCAGUGUGGGAGGAGGAGCUGGUCUUUGAACAUGAUUUCGAUGCACUUUUGAAGGUGGACAACGAACAAGUGGUAAUUCUUUUUGAAAUCGUUGAUCUUUUGAGUUUCGCCGAAGCAAGCUUUAAUUACGAUAAAUUUGGACACGAAGGUUGCUGGUGCAAAGUUGCAUGGGCUUUUCUGAAACCCGUCGGACGAAAUAAUGUAUUACAUAUUAAUAAAAAAGUUCGAUUACAGCUGUAUAAACCACGACAAAACUUGAGAAAAUUCGAAAAUCUUCAUACGUGUGAAGUGUACACAUGGUGGAAAUCAAACACCAGAGAUAAAUAUCCCAGCAGCUUAUUUAUUACUCUAGCAUCCAUCGAACCACCUAAAUUAGAACCUGUUUUCUACCAGCAGUUAUCUUUACAUGAUUUAUCAAAAGCGUCAAACGAAACACAAAAGACAUCCGUACGUUCUUCAGACUUAAUAAAUUUACCAAAAUGGACAAGAUUAGCAGCGCAAUCUUGCAAAAUACCAAAUGAAACUAUUUUUGAAACCGAUACUAGUGAGAAUGGGUGUUUCUACGUUGCUUUCAGCAACGAGGGUAAAUAUUUGGCUUGUAGUUUCUCCGAGGAACACGAUUAUCCUAUCAUUGUCUACGAGGUGGAAACGAAGAAGAUCCAUGUUCGAUUUUCAGGACACAACACUUUCGUUUAUUCUCUAAACUGGUCUAACGACGACAAAUAUCUACUUUCUGUUUCAUCUGAUCAAACAGCUCGUAUCUGGGAUGUAGAAAAUCAAAUUGUACAACAUAUAGAAAUGAUGCCUCAUCCGUUGUACGUGUACUGUGGUAAAUUUGAUCCUGAAAAUCCUUCUAUAGUAGCAACAGGAUGUUACGAUCAGAUAGCACGUAUUUGGAUACAAGAUAAAAAGUUAAAAAAUCGUCACCUCAGCCAAGAAUUAGAAGGCCACGAGGGUUUUGUAAAUUCUAUGUGCUUUCAGAAGAACAGUAACUUAUUAACCGCAGAUAGCGUUGGGAUAAUAAUAGUAUGGACAGUAAAGAAAAGUCGGAAAAUUUCGUCUAGAAAAGAAUGGCACAUAUCAAGAAAGAUACGAGUUAGAGAUAUUGAUGGAAUCAUAAUCAAUACCAUUGUUUUACACCCUUUAGAAUCCAGGCUUCUUGUUCAUUCGAGAAACAAUGGAUUGAGGAUGUUGGAUCUUGCAACUGGUGUAGUAUUACAAAAGUACAAUGAAUUAAAUAAUCAGAGGAUACAAUCAACAGCUUGUAUUUCUCCUUGUGGCGGUCUGAUACUUUGCGGUGGUGAAGACUCCUCGUUGAACGUAUGGAAUUUAGAAACUGGAAACUUGCUCGCUGAAUAUACCUUUGACAGAAACUGUCGAGCUGUUACUUGUGUGGACUAUCAUCCUUACGAUCAUGUAUUAGCCUUUUCAACUUUCGGCAAUGCUGCGCCAGUGAAAGUUUUACGAUUUAAUAGAGACGCCACUGGAGAAGAUGUAGGUUUAAAAAUAUUUGGAGAGACUGAGAGUACUAUAAACAACAACGAUAUUUCAGUAAGAUUUUUAAAUACUUCUGUAAGAUCUAGAGAGCAAGCACGAUUGAAGGAUAAAGAUGAAAUACCAGAGAAUGCUUCAAAAGAAAGAAGCUUACAGUCUAGUCAUAGUUACAAUUCUAGUCUUUAUAAAUCACCUGAUGGUGCUUCUUCAGAGAAAGGUGAUAAGUACAGCAAUGCAAGAAUAAAACUUCAGCGAUUAAACGAAGCUGGACAAACGUUAAAAAGUAAAAGUGCUAGUCGUUUGUAUAAUAUCAUUGAGAAGAUUGAUAGAAUUUUAUCGAAUACAUCAAGAUCACCGGGUGAUGUGGAGUCUGGAUGGAAUCUCAUUCAAGAAACAAAUAUAAGUAAACCCUUAACGAGUUUAAGCGAAAACGUAGAGAAUAAUAGAACUAAAUCAAAGAAAAACAAAUCAGCAUAUUUAAAUAAUGAGAAUUCUUAUAUGGAAUCAACUGCGACGAGCAGUGAUAAACAGGAAAUAAUAGAACUCAAAACGUUGGAAGAUACAAAAUGGAAGAAGAGAUCAAAAAGCGCUAAAGAAAUAGGAAGCCAUGGUCUAUCUAAAGACGAUCAUGCAAAGACUUUCUCUGAUAGUGCAACAAACUAUCAGAAGUCUAAAGUUCACUGUGAAAGUGUGAAAACUAAACCACAUGAAAAUAUGGAAUCCAGUUUCAUUAUUCAACCUAAAGAACAUAAUUUUAAGUCAUUAGUUUUUCAUAAGAAUAAUCGUUUUAAGAAUGAUGAUUCGAAUUCAUCUGGUAGUACUGGGACUUAUGUUGUAGAAAGAAUCGAUAAAGAAUCAAUAAAAAUAAUUGAGGAUAGAGAUUUAAGUGAUACAGAAAAUGAAUCAAAUGUUGCAAAACGUUCUGACAGUGAUAGUUCAGUGGCUAGCAAUGCAACUUUUACUAUAGAGAAUGAAGUCCCUAUACCAAAGCCUAGAAAGAAGAUAGAUUUAAAAUAAUUUAUUAAAACACUGAGUUCGCGAUGAUUUUUCGAAGUCUACCUUGGGUACCACGGCUCGUAUUGAAUAUUUUAUUCAGUAUACAGUACCUUUACAUUAUUCAGUAUAUUAUAUUUACAUAAAUUAAUAAUUUGCGAGAUGUGUGUUCUUAUUAUUUGUUAUAUCUAUUUAU